CAAUGAAAGUGACAAGUCUGUGUGCAGUCACUCAUAUUUACGGUCCGUAUUAUUGUUGCCGGUCUUAUUUGCAUUCUAUUUGCAAUUCUUAUUUGGCAAAUUUCUAAAGCAAACAAUAAAUCCAUUCAUUAUUGACACUGGGCGUUGCCUUGCAAGCGAGUUCGAGUAUUUAAAAUUCCGCGUAAAAAAAACAAGUUUUAACAAGUGGAAAAAGUCUUGUAGAGGUGUUGCUGGCAAAGAAGAAAGUGUAGAAGAGCAGAGUACACAGUAUGGCGGAACGUUUGGAUGUAAUCAUAUUUGGUGCUUCGGGAUUUACCGGUAAAUACACAGUAUUUGAAGCAGUUUCCGUAUUGGCUGAUUUAAAAUGGGGCAUUGCUGGACGUAAUCGCAAGAAACUGGAAGCCGUCCUCGAAGAUAUGGGCACCAAGGCAAACAAAAAUCUCAAGAACAUACCCAUCGUAAUCGCCGAUAUCGAAGAUCAAAGUUCAUUGGUGGAGAUGGCAAAACGUUGUCGUGUUUUGGUAAAUUGCUGUGGCCCAUAUCGUUUUUAUGGCGAACCAGUGGUUCGGGCAUGCCUGGAGGCCGGUACUCAUCAUGUGGAUGUAAGCGGCGAACCACAAUACAUGGAGACCAUGCAAUUGAAAUAUCACAAACAAGCCCAGGAACGUAGUAUUUAUGUUGUAUCAGCUUGUGGUUUCGACUCAAUACCUGCCGAUAUGGGAAUCAUAUUCAUUGAAAAGAACUUCGACGGCGUUGUCAAUUCUGUUGAGACGUAUUUACAGAGCUACACAAAAGGUGGUUCGGCCGGUGGCAGGGGUGGUAUUCAUUUUGGAACUUGGGAAAGUGCCGUCUACGGUUUGGCACAUGCAAAUGAGUUGCGUGGCAUACGCCAACAAUUGUAUGCCGAGAAAAUGCCUCGUUUUGAACCGGUACUCAAACACCGUCCAUUGAUUUUCCGUUCUGAAAUUGUAGACGGCGUUUGCCUUCCCUUUCCGGGCGCUGAUCGUUCGGUUGUGAUGCGUUCUCAACGUUUCAUAUACGAACAGGAGAAGAAGAGACCAAUUCAAAUGCAUGCCUAUGUUGCAUUUGGUUCGUAUGUUACCGCAUGUUUAGUUGCCCUGGUGGCUGUGGUCUUUGGUUUAUUGGCAAAGUUCUCGUUUGGCCGUCGUUUGCUAUUGAAAUAUCCUGGACUAUUUUCGUUUGGUUUUAUCUCCCACGAAGGUCCCUCUGAAGCUGCUAUGGAAAGAACCUACUUUUCAAUGACAAUGAAAGCCUUGGGCUGGCCCAAAACCGACAACAACAAUCCACCCACUGGCUCACCAUCUAAAUCGUUGAUGGUUAGGGUUUCGGGUCCAAAUCCAGGUUAUGGUGCCACCUGUGUUGCUCUAUUGUCUACAGCAAAGACCAUCCUAAAGGAGAGCGACAAAAUGCCUGGUAAAGGUGGAGUUUUGCCACCAGGAGCUGCUUUUGCCAAAACCAGUUUGAUCAGUGAAUUGGAAAAGCAUGAACACGGCAUGAAAUUUGAAAUUUUGGCCAACAAGUGAAGUGAAAAACUAAUAAUUUGUAAAGAAAAGCAUUUGAAUGAAAUUCCCACAGGACCCGAAGAAUAAUAGUAUUUGGGCCCGGAAAUGCAUUAAAAUAUAUAUUUUGGUUACGGAGUGAUAACUUUAGCAAAUAGUGUCUUAUAAAUUAUAACAAAAAAAAACAAA